AGAGAGAGACGAUGGCCAACAUGGGAGCAGCAACUGUUGCAUUGGAUGGGAGGGACAUCAGCAGGUUCAUAACAUCCACCAUUGGCAGCUUCACACAAGAUCACCUCCUCGACCGCGAUCAGCGCCUACGCCACAAGGACCACUGUGCGGAGCGCCUUGCUGCCCAAGACACCCAUGACGCCACAGAAGUCAACUAUGCUGACCAAGCAGUCCUUGCAAACCUGGAUUGGGGAAUCGACGCAAUCGAAGAGGCAAUUUCAACUUCUAAUCCUGAGGCCAAGCUUGCACGUCUUGACCAUGCUGAACGCAUGCUCCAUGUUUGCGCGAUGCUUCAUUCAUCGCGCUCCACGGCUGGUGUCCCCAACUCAUAUCUCUCGGCAUGGGCCCACCUAAACCUUGCAUUUGUGUGGAAGCUCAGAAACAAUCUCCACAACUCAGCAAUGCACGCGCUGGAAAUAUUUAUUGUGGACCCAUUUUUUGGGAGGGUCGAUUUUGCGCCUCAGCUCUGGGAGGCGCUCUUUAUGCCCCAUAUGGGCUCACUUGCAGGUUGGUACGCAGAGGGAAGGCAUAGGAUUGUAAUAGAGGUGAUUCCUGAUUCUGCUGAUCUCUCUUUUACUGCUGAUUUAGAGCGGUUUUUUGAGGAGUCAUUGGUGGUGGGGAUGAGGCCUGAUCAGGCUGAGAAGCUAGAGCAGCUAGAAAGAGAUUAUGCAGAGUGUUUGGAUGAGCACACAAGGCUUUAUGCGAGGUAUUUUAAGGAGUGCUUGUGUUUUGAUCCAACAGCUGGGCGGAAGGGGAUGCCGAUGAUGCCCAUUGCAGAGCCACCGAUGACGCCAUUGCAUGAGGUCAGCAGGGCAAUUCCAAAAGCUGUGAGGUUCGGGCCACUCCUACCAAAGAGUGCUGGCUUCUCUUUCUUCUCUGAUAAGAAAGAGAGUGAAAGGAGUUCCAGUGGAUCCACAAAAGAUGACGAACCAGCUAACCUAGAUGACAAGGUCUUGGAUGAAGAAAAUGAUCAGGAAGAUUCUACUGAGUACCAGAUACACAUGCAAAAUAAUAAUACCAUAGUCUAUCAAGAUAAUGUAGAGAUGGGUUCUGAACUCAAGUCUCUGAAACAAGUCGCUCCUACUCGAACAAGUGAAGACAUUGGUAGUGGGUCUAGAAUGCAAAAACUUGGCUGUUCUCCCAAGGACUUGUCUCCAAUGGAUACCCCUAAAGCCCCUUCCCUUGACGUUCCAUCUCCAAAACGAAGCCCUUCCCCAAAAGUCCCAUCUCAAAAGCAAAACACUUCCCCAUCUCUAAAACAAAGCCCUAAUAUAUACACCAAAGAACCAGAAAAGAUCAUACGGUUCCUCUCCACUCGUCUUUCCAGUUCUGCUCUCUCUUCUUCCUUACCGGCAUCCCCGACUUGCAACGAUUCCAGCAUAAGCUCUAAUGGAUCUGAAGUGGAAGACAAGACUCUGUUUCAGGAAGUCCAAAGGAGUAGCAGAAAAGAUAUUAGCAGUAAAAGGAGUUUGAGUUUUGGCAUCUCAAAGACCCAACUGCCUGAAAGUGGUACUGAAAGCGAGGAAGACAUCAGUCAAAGCACCACGUCAAUUCCAACAUCUGAGAAAUUAACUCCACGAAAGAGACCACCCAAGGACUUUGUCUGCCCAAUCACAGGUCAGCUAUUCAAUGAUCCAGUUACUCUAGAAACAGGCCAAACUUACGAGAGAAGAGCAAUACAGGAGUGGCUAGAAAGAGGAAAUACUACGUGCCCCAUCACCCGCCAGAAUCUCUCCGCAACCACUCUACCAAAAACAAAUUAUGUAUUGAAGAGAUUGAUUACCUCAUGGAAGGAACAGCAUCCUGAUCUAGCCCACGAAUUCUCAAACAGUGAAGCAUCAACACCAACAACAUUUACUUCGAGAGAAUCAUCCUUAGGGUCUAUCAUGUCCUCUUCUUUCAACCCAAUUCCUACACAGAUUACAAAUGAUAUUCCCAUAGGCGAUAAGAGGAAUAGAAGGUUUACUCAUGCAGCUGUUUCCACUUCUCCAAAAAGUGUAAUAUCUCAAGCUGCUGUGGACAUGGUGAUAAAUGAGCUGAAGCCUUACACAUCCUGUAUAUGCACUUCAGAAGACUUGCAAGAAUGUGAAGCUGCCCUUUUAACCAUAGCAAAGAUAUGGAAGGCAUCAAAGGCAGAUCCUGGGGUGCACACCUACCUAGCAAAACCCACAAUUGUAAAUGGUUUUGUUGAGAUACUUUCCGUUACAGUCAACCGGGAAGUUUUGGGGACUGCAAUAUACAUUCUAUCUGAAUUAGUAUUUGCAGAUGAGAGUGUUGCAGAGACACUGACCAGUGUGGACACUGAUUUUGAUUGCUUGGCCUCACUCCUAAAGAAUGGACUAGCAGAAGCCUCUGUUCUCAUGUAUCAACUGAAACCCACAUUUUCCCAGCUCUCGUCGCAUGACCUUGUUCCAGCGCUUGUUCAAGUGAUCCUAAACAAGAGUGAGGAAGAGAAUGAGUUCCUGAUGGGGAUUAAACCCAACGAUGCAGCCAUCGCUAUGCUUGAACAGAUCCUAUUGGGUGGGGAUGAGAAUAGCAGGGCACUGAAUGCUUUAUCAGUUAUUUCUAUGAACGCUCUUCCUGGUCUGAUAAAGAACCUGGACCGUGUUGAAGGCAGAAUCUGUGUUGUAUCGAUACUUGUAUGCUGCAUGAGAGCGGACCAGAGCUGCAGCAACUUGAUAGCAAACAGAGCAGAGCUAGCUCCAGUUCUAGAACUAUUUCAUGCUGGCAAUGACAGGGCAAGAAGCAUCUGCAUGGCAUUUAUGUCUGAACUAGUUUCUGUACACAGGAGAACAUUCUGCAAUCAGGUAUUGCAGAUAAUCAAAGAUGAAGGAGCAUUCAGUACAAUGCACGCAUUUCUAGUGUAUCUUCAGAUGGCUCCAUUGGAACAAAGACCAUUAAUUGCCAAUAUUCUUCUUCAGCUGGAUCUUUUGGUUGAACCUCGGAAAAUGAGCAUUUAUAGAGAGGAAGCCAUAGAGGCUCUAAUUGAAGCACUUCGGACUGAAGAGUUCCCAAUUUAUCGCAUCACAGCUGUCGACAUGCUGUUGUCCCUUACUGGACGCUUAACUCCCUCAGGAAAGUCUCUCACAGAGGCGUUAUUGCUCAAGGCAGCAGGGGUGGAUCGGCAGUAUAAUGUCCUCAUGAAGGCGGAGAGAAUACGGAAAAUGGAUAAUGAGUCUCCAGAAACAAUGGAAGUGGAAGAGAAGGCUUCAAGGAACUGGGAGAAACGAGUAGCAUUUGUCCUUGCCAAUCACGAACAUGGAUCUAUUUUUAAAGCACUGGAAGAAUGUCUCAAGAGUGACUCACUCGAGCUAGCGAAAUCCUGUUUAGUUAUUGCCACAUGGCUAUCCCACAUGCUUCUUGUUCUACCUGAUACUGGAGUAAGAGAUGUUGCUCAACGCUGUUUGCUUGACCAGUUUAUUAAUGUCCUCCUAUCAUCGAAAAAUCAAGAGGAGCAGAUUCUUGCUGCCCUUUCUUUGAAGGGCUUUGUUAAUGAUCCCGAUGCUCUAAAAGAAGUGGGUAUGUAUGCAAAAAGUAUAUGCAAGCCACUGAAGAAGCUCAAGAAAUCUUCAAUAGCGGUACGAGACACAUUGAAAGCACUGAUAAACUCGCCAUGUGUGGACGCUACAGAGUUCUGGUCAUGUGCUGUAGUAGCUGAGACCGAUGCAAGUACGAAUAGUGAAAUUCUGUCCUUGCUUCAUUCAAAAGGAAGGCUUUUCAGCAGCCAUUCUGAUGGACAUAUCAAGGUGUGGGAUACAGGAAGGAGAACUUUGAGGUUGAUACAAGAAGCUCGAGAGCAUACAAAGCCUGUCACAAGCCUAUCUCUUGCACUUUCAGGGGAAAAGCUAUACAGUGGUUCCCUUGACAAAACAAUUCGGGUUUGGGGAAUUGGGCCAGAAGAGAUUCACUGCAUUCAGGUUUAUGAAGUGAAAGAAGCAGUGUGCAGCCUCACAGUUAACGGUGAAAUGGCAUGCUUCAUUUCUCAGGGGACUGGCACUAAGGUAUACAACUGGAGUGGAUUUCCGAAAAAUAUAAACUCCAAUAAACAUGUCAAGACCAUUGCCAUGACUGACGACAAACUCUAUUGUGGUUGCACUGGUUACAGCAUCCAGGAAGUAGAUUUGUGCAGAGGAACAUCAGGCACAUUCUUUUCGGGUACAAGAAAGCUUUUGGGAAAGCAGACGAUCCACGUUCUCCACAUUAACGAUGGCCUUCUUUUUGCAGGUGGUUCCUCAGUUGAUGGGGUAGCAGGGAAGGUGUUCUCCCUGUCCACCAAAUCAGCAGUGGGAUCAUUAAUGACAGGCUUUGACAUCUACUCCAUUGCAGUCAAUGAUGAGCUCAUAUUUACAGGAACAAAAUGUGGAGUAAUUGAGAUCUGGUUAAGAGAGCGGUUUCUAAGAGUUGGAUCACUUAAAGUAGGUGUCAAUGGGAAUGCGAAGGUUACAUGCUUGGCUGCAGAUCCUGAUGGAGAUAUGCUCUUUGCCACUUCAUCAGAUGGUAAAAUCCAGGCAUGGGCAUUGGAUUGAAGGCUUCUUCGAAUGCUUCGCUCCACUAUACUAUGUCAGGGAAAAAUGGCCAUUGUUCACCAUUCUACAUUCA